AUGCCUCACAAAGCGAAUCCCAUUGAUUUUGAGAACAGCGAAGGCAAUUUAGGCGUGGCUAAUGGAGGUUUUUCUCAUCUAAGCUUGAAGUUGCCGAUUUCACGUUGGCAGAGGGAUUUGACUGAUUCAACUGUCUUAAGGACCAUGGGUGUCAAUUUUGGUCAUUCUCUUCUUGCAUUUAAAAGCACACUUCAAGGAAUUGGGAAGCUUCAGGUCAACGAAGCUCGCUUGAGCGAAGAUUUGAACCAGUGCUGGGAGGUACUUGCUGAACCAAUACAAACGGUUAUAAGAAGAUACAAUGUUCCCGAGCCUUAUGAGAAGUUAAAAGAGCUGACUAGAGGGAAAGCAAUUACCAAAGAAAGCUUAAGAGACUUCAUUGAAGGCUUAAAAUAUUCCUCAAAAUGCAAAGACCUAUCUCUUAAAGUUAACGCCGCAUACUUACGUUGGAACCGCCGUUGA